AUGGACACAUUAACCUUCCCGGCCUCCUCAAAACCGUUCCUAGAGCCGUACCUACCCCAAAGCACCUUACCAGAGACCCAAAAAGAUGAAAAAGAGAAUCCCCUCCCCUUCACCACCCUCACAUUCGCAACAUCCCUCGACUCCUCCCUCUCCCUAGCCCCAGGAACGCGUACAACCCUCUCAGGCCCGCAAUCCAAAGCGAUGACCCACUACCUGCGCUCGCGCCACGCCGCAAUCCUCAUAGGCGUCGGCACCGCUAUCGCCGACAACCCCGGGCUGAAUUGUCGCAUUGAGGGCGUCGGCGGGUAUGGCUCGCCUGGGCUAGAUGGGCAGCCGCGGCCGAUUGUGCUUGAUCCGAGAGGCAGAUGGGAGUUUAGUGCCGAUGCGAAGAUUCUUACUCUGGCGAGGGAGGGGAGGGGGAGGGCGCCUUUUGUUAUUGUUCGGCGGGGAGUGGCCAUUGAUGAGGGAAGGAGGCACGUGCUUGAGGGGUGUGGGGGGAGGUUCCUGGAGCUUGAGGUUGAGGAUGGGAGGGGGUUUGAUUGGGGGGUUUUGUUGAAGUGUUUGAAGAGGGAGGGGUUGGAGAGUGUGAUGAUUGAGGGUGGCGGAGCGGUGAUCAAUUCGUUGCUGGAGCCGGGCUUUCAGGAUCUGGUUGAUUCUGUUAUCGUCACUAUUGCGCCGACGUGGUUGGGAAGGGGUGGUGUGGUUGUUUCGCCGGAGAGGAGGGUUGAUGAGAAGGGGACGGCGAUUGCGGCGUCAAGGUUAAAGGAUGUGAAGUGGCAUCCGUUUGGGGAGGAUGUGGUUCUCUGUGGAAGGAUGGGGCAGGUCUAA